UGGGCUGGGCUGGCCACAGGGCGCUGGCGGCCCCGGCAGUGGGGAAAUCAGAGGACAGGAGCGGCCGGCCCCAGCAGACGCACCAGCUUGCAGCCCGCCUGUGGUCUGUUCUGCAUGCGGGAUGGCCCUGACUGGAGGAGGCCUGGUCCUGGCCGUGCUGCUGGUCUCGUGGGUGGCGCUGGGCCCCUGCAGCCCGGAGGGAGUGGAGAACGGGGCCCCGGGGGCCGCCGAGAGCCCGCAGUGCCCAGCUGUGUGCACCUGCGGCCACGAUGACUACGCGGACCAGCUCAGCGUCUUCUGCAGCUCCCGCAACCUCACGCGGCUGCCGGACGGCAUCCCGCACAGCGCCAGGGCCCUGUGGCUGGACGGCAACAACCUGUCCUCCAUCCCCACGGCCGCCUUCCGGAACCUCUCCGGCCUGGCCUUCCUCAACCUGCAGGGCAGUGGGCUGGUGAGCCUGGAGCCGGAGGCGCUGCUCGGCCUACAGCGGCUGCGGCACCUGCACCUGGAGCGGAACCAGCUGCGCGGCCUGGAGGCCCGCACCUUUCUGCACACGCCAGGCCUGGCCUCGCUCGGCCUCGGCAACAAUCUGCUCGGCCGGCUGGACGAGGGCCUCUUUCAGGGCCUGGCCGGCCUCUGGGACCUCAACCUCGGCUGGAACAGCCUGGCCGUGCUGCCCGACGCCGCCUUCCACGGCCUGGCCGGCCUGCGCGAGCUGGUGCUGGCGGGCAAUAGGCUGACCUACCUGCAGCCCCCACUCUUCCGCGGCCUGGCCGAGCUGCGCGAGCUGGACCUGAGCAGGAACGCCCUGCGCAGCAUCAAGGCUGACGUGUUCGUCAAGCUGCCGCGGCUGCAGAAGCUCUACCUGGAGCGCAACCUCAUCGCCGCCGUGGCCCCCGGCGCCUUCCUGGGCAUGAAGGCGCUGCGCUGGCUGGACCUGUCCCACAACCGCGUGAGCGGCCUCCUGGAGGACACCUUCCCUGGCCUGCUGGGCCUACAUGUCCUGCGCCUGUCGCACAACGCCCUGGCCGGUCUGCGGCCGCGAACCUUCAAGGACCUGCACUUCCUGGAGGAGCUGCAGCUCGGCCACAACCGCCUGCGGCAGCUGCCAGACAGGGCCUUUGAGGGCCUGGGCCAGCUCGAGGUGCUGACGCUCAACGACAACCAGAUCCGGGAGAUCGAGGCGGGCGCCUUCACGGGCCUCCGCAGCCUGGCCGUCAUGAACCUGUCUGGAAACUGCCUGCGGACGCUGCCGCCGCAGCUCUUCCUUGGCCUGGGCCGGCUGCACAGUCUGCACCUGGAGCGCGGCUGCCUGGGCCGCCUCCGGCCGCAUGCCUUCACCGGCCUCUCGGGGCUGCGCCGCCUCUUCCUCAAGCACAACGGCAUCGCGGCCGUGGAUGAGCAGGGCCUGGGCGGGCUGGCCGAGCUGCAGGAGCUGGACCUCACGGCCAACCAGCUCACGCACCUGCCAGGCCAGGCGUUCCAGGGCCUCGGCAAGCUGGAGUACCUGCUGCUCUCGGGCAACCGGCUGGCGGCGCUGGCAGCCGACACCCUGCGGCCCCUGCGCCACGUCUUCUGGCUGGACGUGUCGCACAACUGCCUGGAGGCCCUGCCCGAGGCCGACCUGCCCCAGCUGCGCUACCUGAGCCUCCGGAACAACUCCCUGCGGACCUUCACGCCGCACGCCCCUGGCCUGGAGCGUCUGUGGCUUGAGGGCAACCCCUGGGACUGCGGCUGCCCGCUCCGGGCCCUGAGGACCCUGGCCCUGCAGCAGCCCAGCGUCGUGCCGCGCUUCAUGCAGGUGGCGCUGGAGGGCGACGGCCUACCACCUGCGUACGCCUACAACAACAUCACCUGCGCCAGCCCCCCGGGCGUCUCGGGGCUGGACCUGCGUGACGUCGAUGAGGCCCACUUUGCUCACUGCUGACUGAGGUGUGGCCUGCCCCAAUGCCACCCUGUGGUCACCACGGCGGCCCCCUCUGCUGGUGUGGGCACCGCUGCCACACAAGCCCCGGCCCCCCCAGCUGUCCCUCAUUAAAAGCCAUUUGACAGGGCGCCUGGGUGGCUCAGUGGGUUGGGCCUCUGCCUUCAGC